CGGUACACGGGGCGCGAGAAAAGCGGUAGUGUGCCGUGGACCACCGCACUGGCAUACCGUGAUUCGUUACGAUCAUCCUCUGACUCGUACCGGACCUCACAGUCAUCAGCGAAGUCACAAUACGACAAGUGCUAGUGCAGUGCGGACUAGCGGAGUCACCUUUGAUUCCGACAGAUUAAUCACUUCCUUAAGACGAGCCUUGAUUUAACUAUUCGUGAAUUUAAUUUAUUUUAAAAAGAGGAAGAAGAAAAAGCCGCCCGCGCGAGGGUGGUUGUCGCGUGCCGGCUGACCGAACCGUCGUCGGGCGAGCACGCGGUAGAGGAACCCACAGGCAAUUUUAUAGCCCGUCUUAUUACCUAAGUUUAUUGCAUCGUAACGGUUUAACGAUCAUCGCCUGUUUCCAUAGUCGAGACCACCGGUUUGUACUUUGCCUGUAGUGGUAACCAUAACAAGAUCAUAAAAGCUCUCGCUGUUGACAUGAAACCCAUUCAGAAUUACUCUCUUACGGCCUACUGACAUUGACACUGUAGGUGUAACCGGCUAUACCUACCAAUGACUUUUAUGACCUCUUAAAACUGUUUAAUGCUCAUUUAUUUGUCCCUCGUCAACCCCGUCACCGCUUGUGUCAAACAGCAUAUCGUUUUCUUAAACGUGUACGUUUUAGCUCGUAAUAUAGUAUAAGAUCGGAGGUUUCUCACUUCUGUUUAAUUAAAAGAAGUUAAAUCAGUAUAAUCCAACAUUGGAGUUGGAGUACGGACUAGUGAAAUUUAACUAGCCGUGUGCACUCCAUGUAAUUGCGGGUCGCUGAACUUUGACUUCUACAAUCGCUUUUUUUGAGUGCUGGUGUUUUAGUGCAAGUGAUUCAAAAUACCCGGAAUAAUGAACUCGUAUUUUGAGCAGACCGCGGGUGGCUUCUACGGAAGCCACCAUCAUCAAACAGGAGCAGCGAGUCAGCAUCAUGAUCCAGCCACCGCAGCGGCAUAUCGAAGCUUUCCACUCGGAUUAGGUAUGUCGCCUUACGCUUCGGCGCAGCAUCAUCAUCACACAUCGUCUUCAUUAGGAAUUCACCCGGGCGGUGGAAGUAACACGAGACCACCUCAAGACUCGCCAUAUGAUGCGAGCGUUGCGACGGCCUGCAAGCUUUAUUCGACGACACCGGAGGCAACCGGUCACACCACAUCCUCGUAUUCAACAACGACAACGAAAGACUGUAAGCAACAGGAUCAAACAUCGACCCAUCAAAACGGUUAUGCCGCGGUGAUGGCAGCGGCGGCGGUCAAGGACGUUUGGCAGUCAGCGACUUCGGGAACGAAUAGCCAGAGUAAUUCGGUCGUACGUCCUUCCGCGUGUACCCCGGAGAGUACAAGGGUUAGCAGCUACGGUGGCCUCGUAGGCGGUGAUCCAGCAUCGAGUCCUGGUAAUAACAGUUCGUCAAGAUCCCUCACAUCGUCCUGGAACACCUGCAGUUUAAACUCGUCCGCGAGUCAACCGGUCGCCACGCAACUGCAUCAGCAACCUACUACCAACCAUACCUUCUACCCCUGGAUGGCUAUAGCAGGAGCGAACGGAAUGCGCAGGCGUGGCCGACAGACCUACACGCGCUACCAGACUUUGGAACUGGAGAAAGAAUUCCAUACGAAUCACUAUCUCACCAGGCGGAGGCGGAUCGAGAUGGCACACGCUCUCUGCUUGACGGAACGGCAAAUCAAAAUCUGGUUUCAAAAUCGGCGAAUGAAAUUAAAGAAGGAGAUUCAAGCGAUCAAGGAGUUAAACGAACAAGAGAAGCAAGCGCAAGCGCAAAAGGCGGCAGCAGCAGCGGCGGCGGCUGCGCAUCAGCAGCAAGGAGGCGGUGGGGGACCAGAGGGGGGUAACUAGGGGUACGCCCUGCAUCGGAGCCCCCCUGACCACCCCACCGCCAAUCCACACCACCCUCUACUAGCAUCGCAAUGUACACAAUUGUAUUAAAGGUAAGUGACGUUGCAACGCCUCAAGCCUUGUGAAGCAUGUCCCUGCAUCUUGCUUGGUAAUCAUUUUCUUUACAUGGCUAAGUUAUUCUUAUCACUCCAUUACAAUACAAAAUUAAACAUGUUAAAAUGUUGAUUACCAUAAAAGCUUACUUCAAAUUGAAAUGUGAGUUGAAUGUUUCAAAAUAAUAACUGCUGUUAAAAAAGGAGGGAUCAAAUAAUUGGUGCGGCGUAACUUCGAUUAUAGGGUGGACAGAGGAACGAAACAGGUCUGGAGUGGCUUGGCGCUUUGAACGAAGGUGUCACACCGGGGAAGACGAAGGACUUUGAUUAUUAUCUUCUGCCAUCACCUCGUGUAUACGCGGUAUACUCUCCCCUUUCUCCACUUGCUAAUUGGAAAGGUUCUGUAGUGCUCCAGUUUAUAAUUUUGUUCUCUUUCGGUAGUGAGCUCAGUGUGAUAAAAAGUCAAAUGAUGUACAUGUGAUCCAAGAUGAUGGUAAUUUGAUAUAUAUAUAUGUGUGUGUGUGUGUGUGCGCUUGUGCUGCUCAAGAGUGUGUGACAUGACAAAGAUCGAGUGAAAAAUAUUCGCGAAGAAAUGCAAUUCCGAAGUGAUAAAUCUGUAUCUAUGUAAAGACGUGUGCCAGUGUGUCCGCACAGGAAGAGUACAAAACAAAGUAAAUUUACGAAGAGAAA